AUGAAGCUCGCCACGACGCUUGCCGUCAUCGCCGCCACGCUCCCGGCCGUCUUCGGACAAGGCUUCAGUCUCGACCGUCCCGCCGACAACGCCACAGUGGAAGCCGGGGACACCAUUACCCUCUCCUGGACUGCCUGGGGAGGCGACCAGGGCCAGCCCCCGCCCUCCGAGGCGUAUUUCUGGAUUAGUGCAUUCAACGUCGCGGGCCAGAACGCCUGGAGCAUUUCGCCAGACGGCAAGACGCAUCGUGUCGACGACAGCCAGGAGGCGCUCGCGACAGUCAAGCCGAUCGAUGUGUCCGAGGGCUCGCUGGCCGUGCACAUCGACUACACCGACUUCCUCGCCGGUCGCGCGGACAAGAAGCUCCCCGUGCGCAUCAUGAUCACGCAGGGCAACAUGCGCGACGUCUCGCACGUCGGCACCAAGGGCCAGGUCUACGUCAACCGCAACAUCAUGCUGGAGGGCCUCUCGCCGGGCGAGACGGGAGUUAACGCCUCCCUCACGACGACGGCCGAGUCGCUCCUGCCCGUCCAGACCGACGACAGCGGGGCAAAGUACCAGCACGUCAAGGGCGCCGAGGGACACGUGAACGGCACGGUGGAUGCAAAGAGCAGUGCGACGCGCAGUGCCGCCGUCAUCGGUCCGCUGGCGCUCGUCGCGGGCGUGAUCGCCGCUGCCCUUGUUGCUUGA